AUGCCUUUCUUCUUCUUCGGCGACGACAACUUCAUCUCUGGUUCUGUAGCCGUCCGUUUCCAGGAACUUUUGGAGCACUUCCAGCAGCAGUACGGCCCAGGUAGCCGCCCGGGUCGACCGAACGCCCCCUCUCCCGUCCCGCAGGAUUCCGCUGCGCCACAGUCACCGCAAACACAGCAACCCCAAGCGCGACAGACGCCACAUCCGCAGCCGCCACAGCCGCAAGAGCCAUCCGGGUCGCCGGCUGCCCAUCCAGCACCGCCAACAGCCUCCAAUCUUCCCCGCACUCGCCCUUCCCAAGCCGUGUCCUGGCGCGUCCCCGCCGAGAGACUCACCGACUUCGCCGGCCGUCGUGCCACCGCGGCCCCCAGAACCGCCGAGUUCCUUGCCAGCCCGCCGACCGCCCGCCGCCGGGCAUUUGCCACCGCCACCGCCCGAGCUCGUCCAUACCCCGGGCCGCUCUCCGAGUCUGAAUCCACCAGCGUCGAAACCGACGCCAGCUCGCUGCUCCUCUUUCCGGGACUCUCUGCCGUGGGGGGCAUCACCGCCACCGCCACCGCCACCGCCACCGCCACCGCCACUGCCGAGCCAGAAGCCGGCUUCCCUAGUCUCUCGUCCCUGGCUGAGACGGCGCUCGCUUUUUGGGCCAGUUGGAUCACUGCCCGAGACCAUCCGCUGAUUGGCGAGUCCCCGAGCAGCCCCCCUUCCGCCGCUGCCGCCACUGCUGCCGCCCCGGAGGAGCAUAUGUUCUCGCCAUUGCUUUGGCUCAACAUCCAAGCCGGCUUCCGCGGAGAGCGCGAUUCCCCCCCCGCGGCUGGGACCUCCACAGCAAACCCCGAAGCCUCGAACACCCCCAUGGCUCGGCCAGUUGGCCCGGUCGAGAGCAUGGCCACUGCCAGCAGCGCAGCUCAUGCCGCCCACACCGGUGAUGAUCUCGCGGCCAUGGCAGCUGCCGCCCCUCGGCGCAUCAAAGUCAGCAUCCGUUCAAACUUCCUGGUUGCCGGUGGCCAACGUUCGGAGCUCACCUUGCGAGACCUCCGGACCGGAACCAUCACCAACAAGAACCUCUCUUCGUCGAUCAACAACGCACUCUUCAUCCACCGGCCCUGGCAAGACCCGGCCGCCACGCAUCUGUACGUCAGCAACAAUGACGAGAGCGUGCGCGUCUUCUCGCUGCCGAGCUUCGGCCAGGUGGCCCACCUCACUUGCGAGACGCCGGUCAACUAUGCCUCAGUCAGCCCAUGUGGCUCAUGGCUCGCUGUCUGCGGCGACAGCAAGAUCAUCUACCUCUACUCCAUGAAGUACCACCCGCCGACACAGGGUCUUGGCCAGCUGCUCGGGACUGGGCGCUCCGAUCGGGCAGGUUCGAUGGCCGACCCCCUUGGCCAUGCGGGAGGCAUGUAUGGCUCGAUUGAUUUCCACUUCGUCCAGAAGCUCAGCGGCGGUGCCAUUCGGUCGCUCAAGUACGUCGGCUCGGAGACCUUCAUCCCGGACUUGUUGGUCUUCGCCGAGCACACGCGCCAUGUCCAUGUUGUCGACGCGCGGACAUACAACGAUGCCACGGUUCUCCGAGUGCCAGGCCCCUCGGAGCUCGGGAACUCGGUCAUGUCACUCAGUGACCUGGCCCGACGGCACCAAGACCCGAAGGUCGACUCGUGGGAGGUGUACGACCGCAUCGGGUCCCAGUACAUGGCCGGGGCCAUGAAUGGGGACCAUGCCCACCGGGCGGCCACCAGCCCGCGGGCGACAUCGGCCACCGGGGCCGGCGCCGCUUCGCCCGUGGUGGGCUUCUACCCGGACUUUCAGUCGCUUUCGUCGCUGUUUGGACGCCUGGCGCGCGGUGGUGGGGGUGGCAGUGCCGCCGAAAGCAGCGACACCCUCAGCCGAUCGCCAUCGACCCAGCAGCAGCAGCAGCAGCAGCAGCAGCAGCAGCAGCAAUACCCCUCGCCUCGGGGGGAAACGCCCCCCGCGCAGCGGGUGUGCCGCCGUCGCAACUGGGCCCCUGGCGUGAAGAUGAUCAUCCCCAGCGACGGGAUCUCCGGCCGGGCAGCGAGAGGCCCGGCGGCUGGCACGGGCAGUGGCGCCGGUCCGGAAGACUGGUCCUCCUGGCUGGGGAACACCCUCUGGCCGAUGGCCGGCCGGUCGCCGGUGGGCUCCAGCUCCGGCCUCGGUGGAUGGGGCAUCCCUCCGACCGGCGUCCAGCAGCCGGCCGACGGGCGUCCGCGAGAGACGGUGGUGGACAUUUGCUCCGGGCCGGCUGGCGGCAGCGGCCCAGCAGCAGCAGACCCACGAGUGCCGACCUUGCGUGGUGGACGCUUUGUCCCGGAGUGGGUGGAUCCGCUGCAGGAGUCCCCGACUCGGGCGUCCUCCGAGACGCUGGCCAUCCACCGGCGCCGGCACAGUGCCCCCCCCCUGCGCCUCGGCCCGGAGGGCGGGGUGCGUACCAUCGCGCCCGCCAGCAGCAGCGGCAUGGCCGGUAGUGGUGACGGCGCCCGGUCGUCCUCGCCCAUGCUCCUCAGAGACCAGGACGCGCGGCCGAUGCCGCCGCUCCUACCCCGGCACUUCCCGGGGGUGGACUUCGAACUGGACGACGUGGCGCCCCUCCUUGCCGGGGGCCGGCGCCUUGUCCCCCGGUCCGAAGUGGACAUCAGCCCACUGGAGAUUGACCUUCAGGAAACCGAGAACCGGCAUUUUGCGACGGCCGCCGCGGUGGCCGCGGCCCAGCGUCCCCAGGCCGCCGGAUCCGGCGGCAGCCGACCUGGCUCCGAGCCAGCCAGUCCUGCACGCAGCCCGCCACACUCGCCGGUCGGACCCGGGCACCAGAGCUGGUCUUGGUGGUCGGGAGCCGGCCCGGCACCCGCAGGCACCGAGAGCGAGCAGGUCAACAUCGCCGGCCUGGCCGUGUCCCAGCGGGCCGACAAGCUAUAUGCCCUGCUGAAGGCUCCCUCACAUCCGCUGGCCAGCCUGGCAGGACUGAGCGGCCCGCGCGUGCACCUGGGCGUCCACACAACCAUCCGUCACUGGCAGCUGCGCGACAUGGUAUGCCCCUCUGGCUUGCUGGAUCCGCUAAGUCUCUGCACACCGACCGAGGAGAAUGACUUCCUGGAGAAGGCUUUCCCUUAUGGCUCGACCAAUGUCCACCGAGCGUCGCUCAAUGGCGUCCGGCCCCGGCCCGAGCGCGGCCUCUACUACGUGUGCGGGCACCGAGUCAACCGACGGCGCUGA